GACACAGCUGUGCUGUAAAAACACCAUCACCACAGCCUUUGCUGCCAGAGGAACGCAACAGCCAGCAGUGACAGACCCGAGAACAGGACUGCCCAAGCUAUGGAGCGAGAGCCAAUGCGCAUAAGGGAGGGCUACUUGGUUAAGAAGGGCAGCAUGUUUAAUACCUGGAAGCCAAUGUGGGUUGUGCUCUUAGAAGAUGGAAUUGAAUUCUACAAGCGGAAGGCUGAUAACAGCCCCAAAGGGAUGAUCCCACUAAAGGGAAGCUCUAUUCACAGCCCAUGCCAAGAUUUUGGCAAAAGAAUGUUUGUCUUCAAGCUCACUGUGGCCAAGCAGCAGGACCACUUUUUUCAAGCUGCCUACCUGGAGGAGAGAGAUGCCUGGGUGAGGGAUAUCAAGAAAGCAAUUCAUCACAUAGAUGGAGGCCAAAGGUUUGCCAGAAAAUCCACAAGAAAGUCUAUCAGAUUGCCUGAAACAAUCAAUCUGAGUGCUUUGUACCUCUCAAUGAAAGAUCCUGAAAAGGGAAUAAAGGAAUUGAAGCUGGAAAAAGAUAAGAGAGUGUUCAAUCACUGCUUUACAGGCACCUGUGUGAUUGACUGGCUGGUGUCCAGCAGCUCCGUCCGAAAUCGCAAAGAAGGUCUCCUGCUUGCCUCUUCCCUCUUGAGUGAAGGCUACCUACAGCCUGCUGGGGAUACAUCCAAGGCAGCUGCUGAGGGACUGUCAGACACCCCGUUCCUAGAUCUCAGUGAUGCCUACUAUUACUUUCCAGACAGUGGAUUUUUCUGUGAGGGGUAUUCUAGUGAUGAUGAUGUGGUCCUAAAAGAAGAAUUCAGAGGCACAAUUGUCAAACAAGGAUGUUUGUUGAAACAGGGACAUCGGAGGAAGAACUGGAAAGUGAGAAAGUUCGUUUUAAGAGAUGAUCCUGCAUAUCUUCACUAUUAUGAUCCUGCUGGAGGAGAAGAACCACUGGGAGCAAUUCACUUGAGAGGCUGUGUGGUGACAGCAGUGGAAGAUAUGCCAGACACCAAGAAGUAUGAUGUUGACAACAUCCUCUUCGAAAUCAUCACAGCAAAUGAAAUCCACUAUUACUUGCAAGCAGCCUCAUCCACAGAGCGUACAGAGUGGAUCAAAGCAAUCCAGUCAGUUGCUAGGACUGGUAAAUGAAGACGAUCUGCCAACAAGAAGACAGAUUUAAAUUAAAUUAGUUACUCAAAACAGAAUUUAGCAUUUCACCAAGAUAAAGCAGUAUCAUCCCAAAGGGCUUGUGGGUUGGGGUUCAGGACCAAGUGGAAGUUUAAAUUCUAUAGUGGGCACUAACAAACUAACAUUUUUCCACUUGUAUUAUGAUAAUUUUUUACUAAAUUAUAACAUAGAACAUGCCAUAUUAGUGUGUGUUGCUUAAUCAGUCUACCUUGAGAAGGUUGUACCUGUUGUCACAGCUGAUAGUGGGGAUCUCACCAUUAACAGGGGACAGAGUCAUGUCACUGACAGAGAGGACCUUAAUUAAUCACCCUUUUCAGCCUGUGAUGUGUUUCAGGAUUUCAAUGCAUUUUUGUCUUCUCUAGACAUUUUUUACACUUUCUUCUUUACUUGAUCUUGUUGCUGCUUGUUCACGUAUACAAAUAAUGCCAUAGAUAUAAGGAAAAGAAGUCAGCUCAUUUGGAAAUCUGAUCCACUCCUUUAUAAUCUGCCAGCAUUAAAGGAGGGGAAGAAUGCAGACAACUAUGGAAACACCAUGUGGAACCAAGUAUAACUCCAUGACAGCAGUAUGAGGAAAAGUCUUCCCACAGUAUUUCAAACACAAAGCAAUCUCACUUCAAACUCCAUAUCACCCAAUUUUAAAACUUGCCAAAUUUCUCCACAAGAAUCUGCUCUGGGACCAUUGUUUCCCUUUAUUUAGGUCUACAAAGCAGAUGCUGGGUUGUCAGAUACUGUAUUCUAUUUGAAUUAAGAAUCUUGCAGGAGAAGGGAAAGGAUGCAUGGGUUGAUUACUUGAACUAUUGAUUGAAGUGGUUUCAAUUAGGUUCUCUUUUUUAACCUCCAGCAACAUCCUCAAUCCUAGAUUCUGUGCCUUGUACUGGUAACCGAAAUAAAUGUUUUUAUUUGAUAGGGUCAGUUCACUGAUUAAUUCUUGUAUUUUUGUCUGAGUGUAUAUCAAACAAACUUCUAAGUCUUAAAAUCUCAGGAGGAGUUGAAAACCAAGGUAAUGUCAGAUUGUGCAUGUAGGCUAUUCCUGGUACAGACUGAUGUUUUAGUCAAGGAAACUUGAAAACCUUUAAAACUCUGUUCAUAGAUCUAAUAAGGUACCUUAUCCUUAAGAAUUUUUACUGGGAUCUGUUCCAUCUAAAAAUAAAUGCAGAGCUAAAGCUUC